AGGGAAGGAGAAGCAAGACAGUAAGCCUCAGAGAGAGAGAGAGAGAGAGAGAGAGAGAGAGAGAGAGAGAGAGACAGAACCAGAGCCGGCGUUACAGAGGGGGAGAGCACGAACACUCAACAAGAUAACAGGAGAUACGCGUGGGAACAGCAGACCGCAGGAAGAGCAGAGAUAUAGACAGAGCUGUCACAGCCAGCGGGUCUUUCUGUCUGUGAGUGUGUGUGUGUGUGUGUGUGUGUGAGAGAGAGAGAGAGAGCUCAGUGUGUUUCCACGGUUCUCCUGAGGCCGUGGCAGCCAUGGCGUCAGAGCCAAGCACCCAGUCCAGGGUGAUGUUCCAGGCGGGGGACAAGACAGAAGAGCCGGCCCACCGCAAGUUGGGCAAGCUGACGGUCAAAUACAACCGCAAGGACCUGCAGAGGAGGCUGGAUAUUGAGGAGUGGAUCGACGGGCAGCUGCACCUGCUGUUUGACUGUGAGGAAGAAGAGAUUCCAGAGUUAGAGAUUGACAUAGAUGAGCUCCUGGAGCUGACAGACGAGGGGCAGAGAUCACGUCUGCAGGAGUUGUUGCAGGAAUGCGGAAAGCCAAAAGAGGAUUUUAUCAACGGGCUGCUGUACAGGAUAAAGGGUCUACGCAAGAUGUCAGGUCCCUUGAAGAAAUAAUUCUAGGUCAAAUAAAGAAUUGAGACAAUACGGAGCCUCUUAUCCUCCCAUGCGUUAACUGUUUGGAUGCCUUUAUGUGCGGUUCACGUGUCUGUGGGACUCUUUCCCUUCCAGGGUCAGCAUUUUUUUUAUUUUCACCAUUUCCCUUUAAUUUUUGGACUGCUGUAACAUUUUGUUUCCCAUAAACAUACCAAUAAUAAGGCACAUGUGAUAAACGUUCUAUUGUCUAUUACUCAGAUGGACGUGCAAGACUGUACAUUUUCGGUUGCCUAUUUAUGUACAUAAAUAUUUUUGUUCUGAUAACAGUGUUGUAUGUCAAAAUAAAAUUGAUCAUUUUCAAGACAAGGCUGUGGAUGAAUUCUAAAAACCUGCAACCAUCGGUAUUGUUAAUUGUCGACUAAUCUGUACAUUAUUUUUCUGGUUGAUCGCUUGUUAGGUCUAUAAAAUAUCAGAAACUGUUGAAAAAAGAUUCUCCCAAAGCCCGAGAUGACAUCUUCAUUUAUCAACCCAAAAAUAUUCAGUUUAUGAUUUCAGAGGAGUAAAGAACCAGACAAUAUUCACAUUUGAGAAGCUGGAAUCAGAUAUUUAAAAAAAAAUACUCAAUUCGAUUAAUGGACUAUCAAAAAAUGAAUGCAAUCUUUGCAGCUCUAGUCUCACUCUUGACAAUGGGACUGACAAACAGCAAAGGUAUCAUCAGGUAUCAUUUAUUCCACACAUACAAAUAAAUAUUGACAUGUCCAUUACACCCAUCAACUUAAAAUACCACGUAAACGAUCCUACUAUGACCAGCCCAUUAUUACUGCGCUAACACACUUAUUUUCUUUUACAGACUGCUUAUGUGCUACUGUCCAGAGACAAAUACAAAACUCUACUGUAGCUCGGCUGUCGUCACGUCCUUCCCAGAACUCAAGCUUUUGUUUUACACCGUAAAUAUUUCAACAGAGUGAUGGAAACAAAGGAGACGAUGACAUGUCGGGUCUAGGAGUAAACACAGUGGCAGGAAGGUCCAUUAAGUAUGCAUCCAUUAUCCUCCAUCCAUUUCCUGUCUGUGGCGUACGUCUGACAUGGCCAGAAAAGGCAAACACAGUAACCAUCCAUACGAACCUUAAUGGAGCAAGCCCCCAGAGGAGAGUGUAAUUAUGGUUUCUCCUCAGUUAGCCUGACAUUAAUGCACACUGAUGAAACUGCACUCUGGCCUUCUCCCUGUCAUACACAGAGGGUCUUUCGGCUAAGGGCUCCAUUAUAGUAAUUUGCUCUGUUCGCUCCCCCCUCUUUCCACUCUUACAGUACAUCUCUGACACUACCCUGUCCAUACCAUCCUGACAUGGCCUGCCAGCCAGGGAAAUGUUUGUCAAGUGAUUAAAAACAAGGCUUCAGUGUAUUUUUAAUCAACUAAAAAACGAAUGCAGUGCUGCCUAAAAUAUGUGACACGGCGCCUCGCGCAUUUCGCAUCCGUUAUAAUGAAAUUACACACAAGGACAAGAAAGGCAAUACUCAUGUCAGACUCGCAGCCAAACAUAGAUUACAAGAGCAACUGCAGUGCCUGCCAAAAGAAAACAAAGCCCUCAGUAAUCCUUUUAUACUGACUCCUCUGUGCUUCUUCAGUCCAGAGCUGACAGCAGUCUGGGAUUGUACAUCAUCCCAGAUGAGCUCGUGAUGCGUCUGCUUUCUGUAUAUGUCGUGAAAAUUAGAAGGGCAUAAAAAAAAAAAAAAAAAAAA